CUCCGCGCUCGUGUGGGGCCCGUGAGGAUCCAGCGGGAGUGUUAGCUGUGUAAUGGCGGCUUCGGUGUUGCUCUCCGCUGAAAGCGCCGUACCCUCUUUUACCGUCGGCCAUCCCGCAGGAGCUGUUGCGGCGGGAGGAACUACCCAUCACGGAUUAUCAAAUGCCCCCGGACCCGCGUCCUGGAACCGCUCGCUGGACCGGGCGCUGGACGAGGCGGCGGCCACUGGAGGGCUCAACCUGAGCGGCAGGAAACUGAAGGAGUUCCCGAGGAGCGCCGCCGGACACGACCUGACCGACACCACCCGGGCCGAUCUGUCUCGAAACAGGUUGACGGAGCUGCCGGUGGAGGUUUGCAUGUUCGUGUCGCUGGAGAAUCUGAACCUGUACCAGAACUGUCUGCGUUCACUACCAGAAAGUCUGAUCAACCUGCAGUCGCUCACCUACCUGAACAUCAGUCGUAACCAGUUGUCGACUCUUCCCGCUCACCUGUGCCGGCUGCCUCUUAAAGUGCUGAUCGCUUGCAAUAAUAAGCUGGUGUCCCUGCCGGAGGAUCUGGGCAAACUCAGACAGCUCACUGAACUGGACAUCAGCUGUAAUGAGAUCCAGACGCUUCCUCCACAGAUCGGUCAGCUGGAAGCUCUGCGAGACCUCAACAUCCGCAGAAACCACCUCGUCCGCCUGCCACCUGAGCUGGCGGAGCUGCCGUUAGUGCGGCUGGAUUUCUCCUGUAAUAAGGUGACGUCAAUCCCAGUGUGUUACCGCAAUCUCAGACACCUUCAGAGCAUCAUUCUGGACAACAAUCCUCUGCAGAGCCCACCUGCACAGAUCUGUAUAAAGGGAAAGAUCCACAUAUUUAAAUAUCUGAACAUGGAGGCGUGCAAAGCUGCAUCAGAGCUUCCAGACUACGACAGACGGCCACUGCCCUUCGGCUCCUGUGUGGAGGAUCUGUACUCCGGCCGACCGUAUGGAGCUCUGGACUCUGGCUUCAACAGUGUGGACAGUGGAGACAAGAGGUGGUCCGGAAAUGAGCCUUCAGACGAGUUGUCAGACUUGCCCUUGAGAGUGGCUGAAAUCACCAAAGAGCAAAGACAGAGACGAGAACGAGACGAUCACCGGACGGGGACUCACAUCACCAACGGCACAAUGGAGUCAGAGAUGGAGCAGAUAGACUUCAUUGACAGCUGUACGGCUGAGGAUGAUGAUGAGGAGGGGCGGAGCCGCAGAGGGGUGGAGUCAGUGAGCCUCAGCUCUCAGUUCAUGGCCUACAUUGAAAGACGCAUCACCAGAGAGGGUUCACCUGUAAAAACCAGUCCAUCCAGAACUGACGACCCAAGACGGCAAACCUCCUUACAUAACCGUGGAGUCUCAGAUUCAUCAGGCUCAUCUUCAUAUGCUCAUAACCAGCGGUCUGCUGGUGGUGGUGUGGAGCGAGUGAGACGAGAAGCUCAGCUGGCAGCGCUGCGGUACGAGGAGGAGAGACAGAAAACACGAUCAGUGCAGCGAGACGCUGUUAUGAAUUUCGUCAAGCACAAGUCGUCUCAGAGCCCGACAAAGCUCAGUCCAACAGACAGCGAGAGUCUGUACCCCUCCCGACGCUCCACCCACACUGAUGACUCCGCCCUCUUCAUGCAAGGUGAAGAUUAUGCCUCACCCACUGCCCUCCAGUCACCCAGUUACCCCAGCCCUGCGGCACUGUCGCCCUCCCGCGGCCCCAAUCAUAGGCCUGAGAGUUACCUGUUUCGCCUGAGUCAGCGAGAGGAGAAGAAAAAAGGAGAAUCAAGCACACAGAAGGCGGAGCCAGCAGAAGCCACACCCACACAGAGUCCAGCCCCUACUGGAGAGGAGGCGUUACUGAUUGAGCAGCUGAGAAGGAAUAUCGAGUGUCGACUCAAGGUGUCCUUACCCAGUGAUCUCGGAGCAGCUUUGACUGACGGGGUCGUGUUGUGCCAUCUGGCCAAUCAUGUGCGUCCUCGAUCCAUACCGAGCAUCCAUGUACCCUCACCGGCAGUGCCGAAACUGACAAUGGCCAAGUGUCGACGGAAUGUGGAGAACUUCCUCGAGGCGUGCCGCAGAAUUGGAGUUCCUCAGAGUCAGCUGUGUCUCCCUCUGCACAUUCUGGAGGAGCGAGGUCUGCCUCAGGUUGCAGGAACGGUUCGGGCUCUCCUGGAUUUGGCUCCUCCGAAACACACACCGUCUCCCAGCUCCACCCCGACCAGCGCCGGCACUGCCCUCGUGCUGUAGGACUCGUCCCAUCAGCCCCAAACAUCCUCAAGACUCCUUUCAGCUCAGAGAACGGUUCAGUAAUGGUAACAAACACACACUACCUGCUCCACAAAGCUGACUGACGGCACCGGAAAACAGAGACUCAUCAAAGCAUUUCGCUUAUGUUUUAACAGUUAGUUUUACACUUUAGUAUCUUUACCUAUUAUGGGUGGUGUUCAUUUUUUAUUAUGUAUAAAAUUAUUAUUAUUAUUAUUAUUAUUAUUAUUAUUGACUCUUAAGUGAUGUGGAAAUGAGAGCUGGCCAAACUACCCAAGCUCGCCUAUCUGAGAGUUACAAUGACUACUGGUUGAAUCUCACAAAAUCUGUUAAGUUCACAUUUCACCCUAAAAUAAACAAGAUAUUACACUUGGGGGAGAAAUAAAAGUCCCAAAUCUUUUUGAGCACCAUUUAUAGUUUUGUGACGUUUAUUUUUUGGACUAGCCCUCGUGCAAAAAUAUAAUGAUAAUGAUGGAUUAUUUAAAUGCAUUUACAUUUUAUUGCACAUUUAAUUAAAUUAAAUGUUUAGAUUUUAUUUAUUCAUGAUUUAGAUAAUAAAUCAUUGCUGUGUUUUACUGUUUAACAAUAAUGAGAGCAUCUACUGGAUAAUAGGAAGUAAUUAAUGUCCAAUUGUAUUAUGGUAAUGUGAAUUUCUUCAGAGGUCGACUUGAUUAUGAUCAAUAGAAAUAGAUGUAAAUAGAUGUGUCACAGUAAUGGAAAUUAUGAUGAUAAUGUUACAAUACAACAAAAUCGUUAUAAAAAAAUGCAAAAACCAAUGAAAUAUUAUUUAAAUCAAAGUAUUAAUGCACUUAAUUUGAUUUAUUAAAGUAAAUGUGUAUGCUUAUUUAUUUGGAUUUACAUAUUAAAUCAUUGAAUUGUCAAAUGGUGUGUAUUAGAGUAAUGAGAGUAGUUACCGAACAAUUUGAACUGAAUAAGAAAAAAACUCAAUUAAAAAUAAUAAAAUUAAAUGCUCAUUACCAUAACCAAAGUAUGAAAUGAUUUAUUAUUUAAAUUGUAAUGCAUUUAUGUUUAGUAAUUUAUUGGCAUAUUUCAUAGCGAUGAAACUCAAAACAUCAGGAAAUACCACGGUAAUGACAUUUUGGGAGGAGAUGAGCUUUAUUUUGAAAAUAAUGCAUCAAUGUAAAAAAAUAAAUAAUAAAUACAAUUUUUAGG